GUGCAGGGGCCCAAGGACUUGAGCAUCUUCUACUGUUUUCCCAGGCCAUAGCAGUGAGCUGAUUUGGAAGAGGAGCAGCUGGGACUAGAAUUGGUGCCCAUAUGGCAUGCUCGCGAUGCAGGCAGAGGAUUAACCUACUGCGCCACAGCACUGGCCUCUAAGGCUAUUCGCAGGGAGCUGGAUGUGGAGCAGCCAGGAUAUGAACCGCCAUCCAUGGGGGACGCCGGCAUCGCAGGCAGCAGUGUUACUUGCUGUGCCACAAGGCAGUCCCUGCCAUCAAUUUUAAUUUAAUCAUUUGCGGAUGGAUUGCGCAUUUGAUGAUUUGUCUUCCAACGUUCAAGAUGGCGGGUGAGGCAGAACACCGUGCCCUGGGUGUGUUCGAGUGCCAGCUGUGUGCCCUGACAGCUCCCUACAGCUACAUGGGCCAGAAGCCUCCCACCACCCAGUCUGUUGUGCUCCUGGAGGAGAGCUACGUCAUGAAGGAUCCCUUCUCCUCGGACAAGGCCACGUUCCUGGUGCUGGGCUCGCGGUGUGGCUUAUGCAGCAGGCUGGUGUGUGUGGGCCCGGAAUGCAGUCUAUUCUACGCCAAGAGGUUUUGCCUGCCUUGCGUCCAGCAGCACCUCAGUGCGUUCCCACAGGAAAUUCAGCAAGAUGUGGAGAAAAGGACCACCCCCUCCAAGAAGAUCUCCAGCCAGCGCAGGCUUCGGACAUGAGCACGGCUGGGGCCAGGCAGUGGGCAGCGCCCUGCAGAGCUCCUGGCUGCCUGGGGCGCUCUGAGCCAAGAGCCCUGUGCCCAGCCUUGUUUCUGGACUGUGUGGGGCAGCAUCUGUGCCUGAGGGAGCGGGGGCCAGCCUGCAGUCGCUGCAGGCCAAAGAGCUGUGCUGGGAGGUGACCCAGAGACUGGCAUGGGCCCAGAUGUGCAGCAACUCCAGCCUGCAUGCUGCAGAGCUCCCCAGGGCGAGGCCUCCGAGUGGGUGGCCUACAGCCCUCCUCCAGGAGGAUGUUUUCACUGAGAGGCCACCGGGGGGAGAGGGGGCCCGUGGGAAGGUGCCAGGGUGUCUAGGAGCCACAGCAGGCAGAGGGCUGUGAUGCUGGGUCUGUCGGGGAAGAAGUGAUGGUGGCUGCCCCAGGAGCAGGACGGUAGCCGUGGAGGGGUACAGUUUCCACUUUGCAUCCUUGUGUGGUGCUCAGGAGGUAUUUUUAAUCUUGCCCAAUGUGUUCAUAAAGAACCAGCUUUAAGAAGUAAUCCUUCCACUGAAACACCUGCAGAGCCAGUGUCCUCCGUGGGUGCGGCCACGGCUGGGCUCCUGGGAAGCCGAGUGUUGGCCUCCAGCUGGUUCAGUUCCCAUGGGCUCUGGCCGUGCUCCUGCUCAGGCCUGAUUGCAUUCUCUGCCCACCCGCAGUCAGGACUGCCAUGGCGUCCUCAUGCCAGCCCUUACCAUCGCGAACACAGCUCUGUGCCUGGCAAGUCCAGCCCACACCGCCUACUGGAUGUUCCCACAGCACCCCCACCCACGGCUUCCACGGUAGCAGUCGGUGGCUCACUGUGUCCCCUCAGACAUGAGUCUGUGAUCACUGCAAGGCCAGCUGUCGUGUCUGAUGAAAAAUGAAUAAAGAUUUCACACAGUGAUGGGUAGACUGGGAUCUAUUUUGAGAUACCCACACUUAAAUUUUUUUUUUUUACAAAACUUGAGGUGCAGAGAGAGACAGAAAUAGCCCCUAUGUGCUGGUUCACACAGUGGCUGGGGGUGAGGGGUGGGCAAAGCUGUAGAACCGGGAACUCAACCCAGGGCUCCCACGUGAGUGGCAGGAACCCAACCACUGCUGCCUCCCAGAGUCUGCGUCAGCAGGAAGCUGGAGUCAGAAGCCAGAGCCAGGAAUCGAACCCGGGCACUGUGACGUAGGAUGCAGGUGGUGUCCUGACCACUAGGCCGGUGCCUGUCCCAAUACCCACACUUCUAAAGCCCCCCAUUUCAUGCGACUGUUCAGCGGAAUGGAUGUCACAUUCUGGGUCCUUGCCGUACCACUGGAGCCACCCUCAGGUGAGUGGCCGUGAGGACCCCUCUGGCAGACGGUGCACACCACAGCUGGAGGCUGGUCUUUUUUGAAAUCAACUCAGCAUAUCACCCACUCAAACCUCUGCAAGCAAUUUUUAAAAAUAGUUUAUUUUUUAAAACCAUUAAGGCAAAUCUGUACCCUGAAAUUAACUCUUUACAUUCAUCAGUCUUACAGUAGGACUUUCCAAACAUAUACAUUCCCAAUUUCCAGAAAUCGAUACAGAUGGGCUGUUCAAUCUCCUAACCAGAAAAUGAAGACCCCAGAUUUUUAAACAAUAAGGUUAUUUUAUAGCCAUCUUCUAACUGCUUGGAAACAAUCAGCUAACACGACUGGGAGAAUGACAUCUGCCCUUCUCCGCACACCCAUGAUUCCUGAGGUCCCGGACGUACCUGCCCUGCUCGGACAGAAGAGCCUGCCCCGCCAUUCCUGCCGUGGAGCUGCUCCUGGUUAGUGCAGAACCAGGGCUGUAAGAUCCAGACACUGGGUGAGGCACCCAAGCACCCAUCAGACCCUGAGCUUGUCCUGCACACCCUGUCCCUUGGGGUUUGAGCACGGCACUACUGUGGCUCCCACACGUGUUACAAACACUGCAGCGACAGAAGCUUGGCCAAGACACUGACGACACGUAGGGAGACUUGCGAGAUCUGUGGUUUCUGCUCUAGGCUUCUGGUUGAGCCACAUGGAAGGGGCGGCAGGUGUCAGCCGCUUCUGUCGGGGUCUUGCCACUUGCCAGGGCUCUUUGGUGAUGACCCGGGUUGUCACUCCCUGGAUAGCAGGGAGCUGUGCGCCAGGCGGCAGGAGGAGGUGGUCUUCAGCACAGCCCAGUGUGUGCAGUCCGGGCCUCUGACGUCAGGUUGGAGCAGGCCUUGCUGCUGGGAGUGCGUGCAAGGCCACGUGUGCACUUCCUGCACAUGCAGAGUAAAUUCUGCCUGGCUCCGGAGCUUCGGCGGGUGUGCACGGGUGUAGUGCAGCUGUCGCCUUACUGUGGCUUCUGUGUGCCAGGAGGUUCGGAAGUCCGGCUUUGAAGGGUAUACAUCAACACGGAUUUCAAGAGAUCCAAAUGUUUGUGAUUAGAUGCAUGAUUGUCAGUAAAAUACUCGCAUUAGGAUGGUUUUUAAAAAAGAUUUCAAUCACAGUAUUUAUGAUCUAGCUAUUGACAGUUCUUUCAUGGUACAGUGUAGAAAAAUAGUGCUACUCAUCACGAGUGCCGUGAUCACCACGGAAGGCACUAAGUGGUGGUCAUUUGUGAGGUACGUUUCUUCUGAUGCCUGAAACAUGAGCCAACUAUGCCUUUAAAAAAGUGCAUUUUCCAAACAUAGUGAUUUUACCAUGAGAUCAGCCACUCACUAGCCCAACCCUCUCUGGGAGAGGUGCCCAGAGAGUCCCCUGCCCGGGGCCUCAUCAAAUUCCCAAGUUCUGGAUGCUGGCUCCUGGAAGAGGCCAUGGCUAGUGUGUCCCCUUCUCUGGACAAAAACAAGGACACUUUUUCAAACUAGCAAAGUUUCUUUUCCUUAGAAGACAAAAAACAAACAAACCAAAAAACCCCACACCUGACUUUUGCUGCCUGUGAUGUAAAAAUCGCUGUUUCUCAUCGAAGGGUUGAUUGACUGCAAAUAAGGCAUCGAACAGCCAGGGGCCACUCACGUACUAGGUGUUCCCAGUGGCUUUGGGCGAGACGCAGGGCUGGACAAGGAUGUGCUCUGGUCUGUCCUCGGCAGCGAGGGACUCUACAGGUGGGUCGUGCGUGUCUCAGCUGAGCUGUGCCACACAGCCCCUUCGCCGACACCAGGGUGAGAGAAGGAAAACCUCACAGGCAGCCAACAUCCCUGGGCCAGCUCUGAGAGGAUGCCCUGGGCCACACACAGGCCAGGUUUUCAUAAGCCUGCCGUCCGCUCCGCUGCUGCAUCCCCCAAAACGGCAUCAUGCAGUCAGGAAGCCACAGGUGACCCUCGCUGUCUACCGAGCAAAGCUUCCAGAGGGAUCUAACGGCCACGCGCGUUGAGUGAGACUGCCUUUCUCCUCACCCUUGUCUGUUUCACAGGCCAGGGGCCUGCACUCCAUUAAAAUGGCAAGCGACAUGAAUAAACGCCAGCGACAGUGCAGACCUCGGCCCCUGGAGCCUACGCCAGGAUCUUCCCAGGCAGAGGGGCUCUGCACAGCGAGGAAGGCAAUGCGAGUGGACGGCAUGGGGUCCCUUAGGAAGGCACGCCUUGGCUGCCAGCAGCACAGAGCCGAUUACCCAACACUUACUUGUCGCUUGCUCCACGAAGACAAGCACAGCCCAGCUCCCUUUCUGCCUCAACUUUCUGUUCAGCCGGUGACCUCUGAACCCAGGCUUGCACCGUGGCUCCCACCAGCACGGGGAAGGUCCACACAGUCCCCUUGACUCAUGCAGAGAUUCGGGUGGUAAGAAACUCUGGUGCAGCUGAACAAAUCAGCUUGGACCAGGAGUUAAGAGGGGCUGGGCCACUUUUAGAAAGAGAAGAAAGAAACCCUGCCCAUGGUCGCAGUGCCAAGACCAUGAAGGUCAGGUGCGUGGCAGCAAGUCCUCCAGGGCUACUCGUUCACAAGGUGAGCCUGCCCCAGGGGCCGUGCUGGCAAUCUGGGACUUCUGUGCACAGGGUGGCUUCCAUGUCUGGUCUGGAUCCGCAGAGUUCUGAACUUAAAAUGGCUCUUUGGUUGAGACAGUGGGCCCAGAUUUAAAAUGGAGCUCAGCGAGACACUUUAAACCCCAGGUGGCCACUGGGUCAAGACAAGGACCCCCUGCCCUUCAUCUGUGUGCUGACAGGCAAGGGCGAGCGUGCACUCGGAGGACAGAGCUACUGGGGAGGCCUCUAACAGCGCCACCGCCAGGACUGCUGGGACAGCACGGCUCACACGGGGGCCAGGACAAGCAGAGGCUAAUUCCAGCUCGCUUAGCAUCAUGUGUCAAAUACUGACUUGUGACCUUGAGCUUCUCCGCCCUUGGAGGCUGUGGGCAGCAGUUCUUUCCCUUGGUAUCUUAGGAGGCCCGGGGGGCAUGCGCAUCAGAACAAGCAGGAAGUUCCUUUCUGUGCUCAUGGGGUGACCAGAGAGACCCUGCAGUGGGUUCUUGUGAAUGCGCCAAGCCCCGGGCUUCUCUCCGCCCCUCCGUGGGUUCGUUCUGUGUGUAGGGCAAACGCACACUGUGGGAAGGGGCUGGGAGCUCAUCAGAGAGCAGAGGAGGUCGGGGAAGGGGGCAGCGAGGUGGAGGCAAGGACCAAGCUCCUGGGCCCACUCGCUCUAACUGCAGGCUUCCUGCCCGAAUGGUCUCAGGCGUGCCCAGGUGUGGUGGCCACAAAAGGCAGCACGUGGGAUGCCCAGCGGGCAGUGCCUGGGAGGCAGGGCUGGGCCCAGGGCAGCCAGGGGAGGACAUGCUGUUCCUGCACCCUGCGGGGUCCAGCUUGGACGAGCCCAGCCAUCCUUUGCUGUGGUCAGCACGCCAGCCCGGUGGCUUGGUCACUUGGUGGUCUCCAAGGACUUGGGCGCUGGUGGCUGUUGAAAGCUGAGGAAGAACCAGGCUUUCCCCAGGAGCUGCAGAGAGGGUCAGGCGGGGCCGUCCUGUGCUCACCGCGGGAGGAAGCAGGCUCCACACGUGUGUUCUCCUCCCCCUUGCCACAUCUCUCCAGUCCUCUGCUGAUGUGCAACCCAGAAAGCCACAGGCACUCUGUGACUCCUAUCUGCAAUGCUACAGUAUUUUGGACUAGUAAGUAAUCUGCCUACAUUUGAUUAUGGAUGCCCUGAGAAAUUCCUGAUUAAUCAACCCAAGAUGCUCUAGCACUGAGUGGCUAUUAGUGCCUGUUAUCCAAAUGAGUGGGAACACGUGAUUUUCCUUCCUAUUAACAAGAGCCAGCGAGGUCACUGUGGUGGCGCCAUAGGCGGCAUCGCUGGAAGUCUUGUCGGCCCCGGAGGAUGGAGGUCAGUGCUCCUUGACCCCGCUGAGCCGUGGCGAGUCAGCGCUUGGCCUGGGGCGCAGCUUGGCUGCUCCUGCUAUGGGCAGGGCAUGGGGAGCUCCUAAACAGGCUUCAUGGAAAUGGACGCAGAACCACCAGCUUCUCUGAACGCCUGGGUCCCACCGUUCGCUCUGCCAGGCCCCGGCUAUCUGUCCUGCGCAGCCAGUGAGGCAACCAGCCUGGAGGCCUUGGAAUCUGGCCUCUGCCCUGGGUGCCUCCGACGCCGCCAGUGCAGGAGCUCGUGGGCUCCUGGAUGUGCCAUGUGGCCCGGAGGCCGGCCACCUUCUCACCUGGCAUCCCACAUGGAAAUGCUUUGCUUCUGAUUCCUAAGACACUGGGCAGAUUGCCCGCUGCUGCUGGCCCACGGAUCCUUUGAUUGGAUCUUCACAACAAUAAAAUAAAACCCCAAACUCCACUACAUGUGGAAUUUUUCAAAACGGAUGUGAUGCCCCUAACUUCCGCUCCCCUCUGCGUGAAGUCCACGUCCUGUCCACAGCUGUGUUUUCGUCACAUUGACCCUGGGCCCUUCAGCAGCAUCAGUCCUAGUCAUUUCUUAAUAAUGACCUUGGAAGAGCCACGUUUUUCUAAAAGCAGCCCAGGGAUGGGAGGGCAUCCAACAAAGAUACAGCCCCAUGGCAAGUGUACCGGUGGGCACGUUCAGCCCAGGUCUGGCUGCAGGGGCCAUUUGUCUGCCACAUGGACAGCAAGAGACGGCAGUCCCUGGACAGAGGGCACCAGCCACCUGGCUUUCCCAGCUGCCUGAGGUGGAGAGGUUGCUCUUUAAGGCAAAAACACAUAUUUUAGGUGUUGCAAAACUGCCUCACACAGCCUAGCACACUUCAAAAAGAUCGUGGAAAAUGGAAUUAAAAGAUACUUUUGGUGCAAAAUUUGUUUAAAAAUCCAUGCAACUGGCUCCUGCCUUCAGAUCAGUGCUGUGCACCGGCUGCAGCGCGCCAGCCGCGGCGACCAUUGGAGGGUGAACCAAUGGUAAAGGAAGACCUUUCUCUCUCUCUCUCACUGUCCACUCUGCCUGUCAAAAAAAAAAAUCCAUGCACAGGUUUUUCGUAAUACGCAUUUUCCAUGAACUUUCUGAAGACUGCCCGUACGGUGGGAAAGAGACUUAACCUAACUGCGUCUGAAAUCUGAGACCAGGUAAAGCCACGCUUUGAAGGACACACUCUCCAAGUGAGCAGCGGCUCCCGGCCCAGGAUGUGAACUCAUGUCUGCCUCAUUUCCACUCCAGGAGCAUCUACUGUCCCCGGGGGGCCCAGGGGGAAGAGUGCCAUGGUUCAAAAAGCAACAUAGGGAAAGACACAAGAGCCGCCAAAUGGGGCCCAGAGAAAAAUCCACAGAUCCUUCCCCAGUCUGUCCCUAAAAACACCACGGAGGCCACACACAGCCGAGGGCCCAGGUCUGCUGGGAGCAGGGAGCAGAGGAUCCGGGCGGCGCCUGGUGGCCUCCAACGGCCCAGAGGUGCUCUCGUUUCCGGGGUUUCCUGGCUCACCCUGAACCAGGCCUUUCCCGUGUGCCUGUCACAGCCCCGAAGCGAGCUGCACUCUGCUAGCUUAGCCAAGGGUUCUUUACAGUCCUCCAGCUACGACUGCGGAGCAGCCGCUGCCCCUUCCGAUGUGAGAAACAGCACUGAAGUCUCCGAAUAAAUAUUGUGCUGCUUUUUAAAUACUGGACCUUUGGCUGCAUCCAGAUGUAGGGGAUUAUAAAAGUU